AUGACCAGUCUGUUCCGGAGGAGCAGCAGCAAUGGAGGGUCCAGAGGAGGGGCGCACCUCAACAACAGCCGGUCCAACAGACAGGUGCGGCGGCUGGAGUUCAACCAGGCCAUGGAGGACUUUAAGACCAUGUUCCCAACCAUGGACUACGAGGUGAUCGAGUGCGUGCUGAGAUCCAACAAUGGAGCCGUGGACGCCACCAUCGACCAGCUGCUGCAGAUGAGUCUGGAGGGGCAGGGCUCCGACGACAGCUCCGACUCCGACGACAGCAUCCCCCAAGAGAUUCUGGAGCGUACGCUGGAGCCGGACAGCUCAGACGAAGAGCCUCCCCCAGUUUACUCCCCUCCUGCCUAUGACAUGCACAUCUACGACAGAAAGUACCCCGAAGCCCCGCCCACGCCGCCGCCGCGGUUUGAGGAGCAGCCGCCUCCUGGACACCAGAAAGUCAGAAGUUACAGAAACUGGAAUCCUCCGUUACUGGGAAAUCUGCCCGACGACUUCCUGAGGAUCCUGCCGCAGCAGCUCGACAGCAUCAAGAGUUCUCAGAGCUGCCUGCCGCAGCCCUCCUCCUCCUCUUCCUCGGUGAGCUCUCUGGGGCAGUGGUCAGCGCCCUCUGGCUCCGGAGCUGGUACUGCGGCCUCUGAACAGGACAAGAAGCUGAGGCAGUAUCUGGAGGACGAGCGCAUCGCACUGUUCCUGCAGAACGAGGAGUUCAUGAAGGAGUUGCAGAGGAACCGCGAGUUCCUCAUCGCUCUGGAGAGAGAUCGAUUGAAGUUUGAGUCAAAGAAAUCUCGGUCUCAUUCUUUGAGUGCGGAAAACUCAGGGGAACAUUACUCCGCGGCUUCGAUGGAUGCUGCUUCAGACGACGCACUCUUCAGGGACAAACUCAAACAUAUGGGAAAAUCCACCAGGAAGAAGCUGUUUGAAAUCGCCCGGACGUUUUCAGAAAAGACAAAGAGAAGAAAAUCUAAGAGAAGAACGUUAUUGAAACACCAUUCACUGGGCACGGCCAACUCUACAGCCAACCUUCUGGACGAUGUAGACGCCAACCCUUGUGAAUGUGUUUAUUUUGUCCAGAAGAGGGCGCUCCAUCCAGACGAGCUACAACUCAGGAAGAACCGCAGCCUCGAGCUGAGCCUGAAUCAUGAUUGUUGUGUUGCCGUUUCAGUGUUACCGACCCCACAACCGCAGGAUCCUUUCUCCACCAACAAAUCCAGGAAAGGGGAGGGACUUUGCUGUUGCCGGGCUGUCAAUCACUCCCACCUCAUUAGCUCGAUGGCAAGCUUCCCAGACUCUGUAAACGAAAAUGAUUUAGGUAAGGCCAAGUUCAUCGGUGAACUGCUGGUGCCGGUUGCUCCCUUCGACCCGAAGUCUGGGCGUGAGGCGUGGACUGUGGCCUUCGCUCCCAAUGGUUCCUACUUCGCUUGGUCUCAGGGGCAUCGAAUUGUCAAGCUCGUGCCUUGGACAAAAUGCCUCACUGACUUUUCUUUGGGUCAGUGUGGAGAGGGCACAGACGCCGCCGGCCCCAGACGUCUCUCGCGGCAGAACAGCAGUGAGGCUCUGGUCCCUCUGAACGAGCCCCGGGAGCAAACCAUAGACUGCGGGGACAUCGUGUGGGGCCUGGCCUUCGGAUCCUCUGUCCCGGAGAAGCAGAGCCGCUGCGUCAACAUAGGAUGGCACCGCUUCAAGUUCGGACAGGACCAGCUGCUGCUCGCCACCGGCCUCAACAACGGACGCAUCAAGAUAUGGGACGUCUACACUGGAAAACUGUUGUUGAACCUGAUGGAUCACACUGAUGUGGUCCGUGACUUGACGUUUGCCCCCGAUGGGAGCCUCAUGCUGGUGUCUGCGUCUCGAGACAAAACGCUCAGAGUCUGGGACCUCAAGGACGACGGUAACAUGGUAAAAGUGUUGCGUGGCCACCAGAACUGGGUCUACUGUAGCGCCUUCUCCCCAGACUCCUCCACCCUGUGCUCGGUGGGCGCAGGCAAAGCAGUGUUCCUAUGGAACAUGGACAAAUACACUCUGAUCCGGAAGCUGGAGGGCCACCACAAUGACGUGGUGUCGUGCGAGUUCUCACCUGACGGGGCGCUGUUGGCCACAGCCUCCUACGACACUCGUGUCCUCGUGUGGGACCACCACAAGGGCAGCGUGCUGCUGGAGCUCGGACACCUGUUCCCUCCCCCGUCUCCCAUUUUCGCGGGAGGCUCCAACGACCGCUGGGUUCGCUCCGUGAGCUUUUGCCCCGACGGUCGGCACAUCGCCAGCAUCACUGACGACAAGUUGGUUCGGUUCUGGAGCAUCGAGCAGCGCGCUCCUCAGGCCAUCGCCUCUCUGCCCAACAGCCUGUGCUGCGCCUUCUCGCCUGAAGGGGGCGUACUGGCUGCAGGAACUCGUGACGGCGGUGUUCACUUCUGGGAGGCUCCGCGCUCCGUCUCCAGCCUGCAGCAUCUGUGCAGAAUGACCGUGCGGCGCCUGAUGAGCACGCAGCAGGUGGAGGCGCUGGCCAUCCCCAAACCCCUGCAGGACUACCUGACUUACAAGUUCAUCUGA